CGAAAUGACCACUUCCUCUUCAUCCGAACCAUCAACAAUGGCAACUCUGUUCCCGAACUUUCGUGAUCAGGAAGUCCAAUCCGCUGUCAAGAACCUUCUCACGUAUAGUCUUGUGAUUCUCAUCGUUCCUCUUGCUUCUAUGUUCCUCUUGAAACAAUUCUUUUUCGAAGGGCUCCUGGGUGUCAGUGCAAACGACGCUUUGACCUAUUCUGCGAUCAUUGCUGUCGUCCUCGUCCACGUGGUUUUGGGUAUCUGGCUCUUCGCUGCUACCAAACAAGAAGAUCGCAAGAAGCGUGAAAACAAGCAAGACUAGAAGACACAAUGCAAACCGACAUUCAUGGUUCUCGGCAAUUUUUUCUGUUUCACUUUCCCCAAUCAAUAAUGCCUUAUUUCUUGUAUAUUGAUCAAUCGAAAUAUUUAAAUUUAAAUUCUUUGACAAAUUUCUUCAAGUCGGACUUAACCAAUAAAUUUAAGAAAA